CAUUGGCUGAUAGCUGUAGCUGGCGUAGCGCAUGCAGCUGACGUGACGUGAGCUGAGUGUGAUUCUCUCAGAUUUUCUUGUAAAACUUUAAAAUUCUGUGUAUUGCUUAACGCAAUGGUUCUCGAUCUAGAUUUGUUCCGUGCCGACAAAGAUGGUGACCCAGAUAAAAUCCGGGAAAACCAACGCAAAAGAUAUAAAGAUGUUGGGUUAGUGGACACUGUUGUGGAACAAGACACCCUAUGGAGGAGAUUGCGCCACGAUGCGGACAAUUUGAAUAAGCUGAAGAAUGUGUGUAGCAAGGAGAUUGGUCUGAAGAUGAAAAACAAGGAGCCCGUGGGGCCUGAAGACCAAGAAGUGCCAGCAGAGGUGGCCGGCAACCUAGCCACAUUGACUGGCGAUCAGUUGAAACCUCUCACAGUCAAUCAGAUCAAGAAGGUCAGAAUCCUCAUAGAUGAAGCCAUAACAAAAAAUGAGCAGGGUCUCCUGGCAGCUGAGAAGGCCCGGUCAGCAGCUCUCCGGGAGGUGGGUAACCAUUUGCAUCACUCGGUGCCAGUGGAUGAUGACGAGGACCACAACCUGGUGGAGAGGACCCAUGGAGACUGCACUGUCAGGAACAAAUACUCUCAUGUGGACCUCAUUUGUAUGAUCGAUGGUAUGGACGGCGACAGAGGAGCAGCGGUGGCCGGCGGUCGCGGGUACUACCUGAAGGGCGCCGCGGUGUUCCUGGAGCAGGCCCUAGUCCAACUGUCCCUCAGGAUACUGCUGAAGAAGGGAUACAUGCCACUGUAUACACCAUUCUUCAUGAGGAAAGAUGUGAUGCAAGAAGUAGCACAGCUGGCCCAAUUCGAUGAGGAGCUGUACAAAGUGGUGGGAAAAGGAUCUGAAAACAAGGGCGACUCUGCUGUAGAGGAGAAGUAUCUGAUAGCCACCUCCGAGCAGCCUAUAGCCGCUUACCACAGAGAUGAGUGGCUUCCGGAAGCUUCUUUACCUAUCAAAUAUGCAGGUUUGUCCACCUGCUUCCGACAAGAAGUCGGCUCACACGGCCGCGACACGCGCGGUAUCUUCAGGGUGCAUCAGUUUGAGAAGGUGGAGCAGUUCGUUCUAACAUCUCCCCACGACGACGCCUCAUGGAAAAUGAUGGAUGAGAUGAUAGGGAACGCUGAGAACUUUUGCCAGGUCCUCGGCCUACCUUACCGCGUCGUGAAUAUCGUCUCCGGUGCUUUGAACCACGCCGCCUCGAAGAAGCUGGACUUGGAGGCGUGGUUCCCAGGGUCAGGAGCCUUCAGAGAGUUGGUCUCUUGCAGCAAUUGUCUGGAGUAUCAGGCCAGAAGAUUGCUUGUCAGGUACGGACAGACGAAGAAGAUGAACGCGGCGACGGAGUACGUUCACAUGCUGAACGCGACCAUGUGCGCCACAACCAGGGUCAUCUGCGCGAUACUAGAGGUCCAUCAGACUGAGAACGGAAUCAAGGUGCCUGAAGUACUGAAGCCUUGGAUGCCUGAGGAGUACCAGGAGCUUAUACCAUUCGUGAAGCCAGCGCCUAUCGACUUGGAAGCUGCGGCGGCUGCGAAGAAGGGCAAAAAGCAAGAAAAGAAAUAACGUUUUUACGUCUAUGACGUCAUUCCUGCAACAGCAAUUAUUUAUUUUUCACGCUCAGCUUUUAUAUUUCAUUAAAUGAAUGAUUAUAUGUAA